GUCUCGUCUCGCUCAGUUUCAGUACGACUGUGAACCGUCUGAAACAUCUGCCAACGGCUGCAGCCGCAAAGACCAUGGAGCCUGUCUCCUCGCCUACACAGGGCUCAUAGGAAGUACAAUGACUCCAAACUACGUUGACAACUCCACGUCCAGCGUGGCUCCGUGGUGCACCUGCUCCUCCAGCGGGAGCCGCAAAGACGAGUGUGAAACGUUCCUGGGACACUUUACCAACAACAUCUGUCUCCGGAAUGCCCUCAUGACAUUUGGAAGUGGAUCAAACCAGCAGCCGUCCGUCAGCCUGCCCAGUUCACCAAUUGCAUCCAGUACACCCAGUACACCCAGUACACCCAGUACACCCAGUACACCCAGUACACCCAAUAGAUCCAGCCCUGGCCACAGCAGCAGAGAGAACAGGAUCACCACAUCUCCACAAGAAACGACAGAAACUAUGAGGAACUUUCUGGACACACUCAUACCAACACAGGCUCUGGGAAACGAACCGCUAGAGAGCCAGUCCAACCCGCCAUUCGACAGCCUCCAAAACGCUGCCUCGCCCUCCAGCUUAGAGCUCCAAGCGGCCUUCAGCCUUAUGUUGUUGCUCCUUCAUCUGCUCAACAACGGACGCUAAAGACUGCAGGGGUGCGUGCUGAGGAGCCUCGUAGCACCGUGCCGAUGUGAGGACCCGUGCUGUUCAAAGGAACAAGGACUGUGUGGCAUUCGUCCUCCCUCUAAAUAUGUACCGCCAUUCAGUUUUUAUUUUUUUGUGUCUGAGAGGUCCAGCUUCCUGCAGACAACAGCCCGUCAUACCAGGCUCUCAGCUCUCAAACUGUAUUUGUUCAAAUGAAAAUAUACCAUGUGUACAUAUAUAUAUAUAUAUAUAUAUAUAUAUAUAU